UUUCUUCUGUCAACAGACAUCCAAGAUGGCCAACCCGAUUUUGGCUAAUACUUCACCUCGUUUCUUAACAGUCCACUUUUAUAUGCUGUUGUGAACAAUACGAUUUGGAAUCAGCAAUCCGAAAAACAUAUUGCAUCAUAAUUAAAAUAACACUCAAGAAAUACAGCCAAAACAUGAAUAAAUAUGUGCUUAGCGAUCUCAUUGGAGAAGGUUCAUUUGGAAAAGUUUAUAAAGCUGUUGAGAAAGCAUCAGGCGACACAGUGGCUAUCAAAAUCAUAAACAAGCGCGGCCGUUCCGGACGAGAAUUGAAAGGACUAAGAGGAGAAUGUGAAAUACAGCGAAAUCUUAAACAUCCAAACAUUAUUCGUAUGUUGGACUCAUUCGAAACACCCAAUGAAAUAGUAGUCGUUACUGAAUAUGCUAAAACAGACUUGCAUAGUUUACUACGCGCUGGAUCACUAGAAGAGCAAAAAACGCAACGUAUUACAUUUAAUCUCGUAUCUGCAUUAUAUUACCUUCAUUCACAUCGGAUACUGCAUCGUGAUUUAAAACCACAAAACAUUCUGUUAGACCGGAAAAUGUGUGCAAAAUUAUGUGAUUUCGGAUUCGCUCGAAACAUGACAAUGGGUACCCAUGUUCUGACAUCAAUUAAAGGGACACCUCUUUACAUGGCCCCUGAGCUUUUGGAGGCAAAACCGUACGAUCAUCACGCUGAUUUGUGGUCAUUAGGAUGUAUAAUCUACGAGAUGCUUGCCGGUGAACCACCAUUUAGUUCUACUUCGAUGAUACAUUUAGUACGACUUAUUCGCAACCAGUACAUCAAAUGGCCGAGUUAUCUAACAAGCAAUUGUAUUUCAUUCAUACAAGGUUUGCUUGAGCGUGAUCCCAUCAAGCGUAUGAGCUGGGCUACAAUUCUACAACAUCCAUUCGUAAAAGGUCAUAUUUUAACUUUAGAUGAAAAUAAUCCUCAAUCACCCUUCACGCAUUCUCUUACAGCAUCGCAAUCAAGAGAAAAUAAUAAUCAAUUGACAAAUAUAGUAGAAAGCACUAAGAUAUGGCAAAAUAUAUCCAAUGAGGAAGAUUUGACAACCUCUAAAGAUAGCAUUAAAGUAAUACUUCAGAGCGAUUUUGAAUAUCAAGAAACAGAUACGGACGACUGUGCCACUAAUAUACCGUUAGAAAAUUGCCUUUUUAGCUCAUUAUCAAACGCAGCUAAUAGAAACGAAACAGUAUAUGGCAAAAGUGUCUAUGAUAUGACUGCUGACGAACAAAAAGUAAAGAAAAUUCAAUUGCUGGAAAAUCCGAAUCUCAUUGUUAACUGUUUUAACGAUAAUUUUCCCAUUAUAAGACUUCGUCCACCACUACCACUGGCAUCAGUUACUGUUCCUAAUAGCGACUUUUCGCAACUUCAGACAUCAAGAGAAUAUGUUAAGCAACAUGUACGAUCACAGGAACUAGGGAUGCGAAAAUUAAGCCAAAGCAUUGACAAUUUUUCAAUGCGUAUUGAAUCAGAACUGCAGGCAACUAAUCGUAAUUCGAUCGCGCUUGGAAUGUCCUAUGUUUCUAUAACAACUAAAGAAGAAGAACAAAAACGGAUUGAAAAAAACACACCAAGCCUGCUCCCAGGAUGGGACUCUUGCGACGAAUCACAAAAUCCUCCUAUCGAAAACGAAGAAUGGCUUGCUUUUUUGCAACGUUCAAUACAAGAAGUACUCGACGGAGAGCUAGAAUCAUUGAAGCAGCAAAAUUUUGUAUGCAUUAUUGUAGCUCCGUUACGAAACCGACGAGCAAGUGCAAAAGUCGUAGAAAAUGUGGCCCAUUUGCUGAGCCUUCCAUUAACAAUUAAUACGCCCCCAACGAUUUUGAGAGACAUAGUCAAUGUUUAUGGCGAGCUAAAAUUAGUGCCAAAUCUUGUAUAUGCUUCAAAACUUUUAUGUAACAAACUAUAUUAUGAAGACAGCUCCACUAGUGAAAGCCAAUCUGGUAUAAAGCCCAGUAGACAAUCGAUUUGUUCUAUUCGUCAACUUUCUGCAUUAGAUAACGACGAGAUAAAAACCUUAAUAGCCGUAUAUGAUCUAAUGUGUUAUCUUAUUCAUAUGGGAGAUAUAUUUUUGAACCAGUUUUGCGAUGCCAUUGAAAUUCUGGGGGCUAAAGAAUUAUUUGUUAAUUUAAUUGCCGUAGUGCACGUGAAUGAAGCGUACGUUCGAUUAGUUUGUUCAUUACUAGCUCUUUUGAACUGUGCGCUACGUGAACUUCCAGAAAAUGCAGAAAUAAUUGAGCAAAUAAUAUUUCAUGAAAAUGUAAAUUUUAUGACACUGUUGAAACAUGAUAAUGCUGUACUUCGACUUCGAACCUGUAUGCUACUACGCAUAUUGGCAAGAUUCAGCUGCUUAGCUUUGCAGAAACGUUGGACAAUCGAUAUCAAACAUAACCUGGAAGAACUUAUUUUAGAUGAAAACUUAUAUGUUAAAAAGGAGGCUAUGCUUGCCAUUGGUGAAUUGAAAUAUCUUAGUUGUGUCACUACCGAAAUAUGUUGACUUACCUAUAUUAAAAUUAAUGUAUGCACUCCUAAAACAUUUGUCACCACUAUACAAGAAA